UCUAGAAAUAAUAAAUUAAGGAAGAUUAAGAGCAAAUCAUGCAGCAAGGAACGGACAUAAAGCGCACAGGAGUCUAUCGCGUGAGUGGCAACAUCGGGGACUUGCAGCUGGAACUGAAGCUCCGCCACAUAAGCGAAUGGCUGCCGGUUCCAAAAUUCGAGUACGUGGGAGCUCAGUCCGCCAACGAGCAUGGUGACCAUUAUCCCGAAUCGGAGGAGAGCUUCUGGCAGGAUUGCCUGAUUCACGUGCCCCAGGGCGAUGAGUCGUAUAGUGGAAUUCACCGGUUGGGCUACUACUGCAGUUACUAUAAUGUGGGCAUCGGUUAUACCGGACAUGCCAGCAAUAUAGUGAGGCGACGAAGGAGUCCCUUAGCCCAGGAGAGGCAGGAGGAGGGGGAGGAGGAUGAGGAUGAGGAGGAGGAGCAGCGAGUGGAGGCCAUAGAGUAUGUGGAGUCCCAGAGCAAUCCCUCGUGGAGCAUCGGGGGAAGCGACAGCAAUCGCCCCUCCGGCGGAGACCUCUUCUACGAGAGGAACAGGGAGCUCUGCAAUGGCGCCAUUGCCACAAUACGCAUAUCCUGGCAGCAAAAGCUCUUUAGCCAGCGGGAACUGGAACGCUACAUAGUCGAUCCCGGAAGCUGUGCCUCAAAACUCCAGCGGCGCUAUCACAAUUGGGCCCUGGAAACCCUCGAACUGCAGCAGCGAUAUCUUAGAAAACUGGAGAAACGGCAGGAAGAGGACGAGGACGAAGAUCCGGAUGCGGAACCCAUUAGAGUACGUCGUAACAUAAGGAGAUCCAGGCGCAGGCAGAAAAACUGCACUGAUCUAGUGCCCUUUGGGGCCAAUGGUCUGUCCUCGGCCAAUAUGUCAGAUGUUUCGAUGGUCGAUGAUCCCAACUUUGCGGCCCGAACUUGUCUCAUACACACCCUAGUGGAUGGCGAUGCCGAGGACGUCCUGCCCACCGAAGCUGGUGAACUGCAUCGCAAGGGCUACCAGCUGAUGUACAUCUAUGCCGAUCUGCAGGAGGACACCCUGCUGAUCAGCAUACGAUACGAUCCGGAACAGGGUCUGCUGUAUGUGUACCCCGAUUUCAGCAUCUGUGCCAAGGAUCUGGACCAUGUGGUGCAGAUCGAGCGCGAGAACGACUGUCGGCAGUUGUAUGCCUAUGGUUUCGAGAAUGCCACACCCUUGGUGGCAUUUGAUGACGGCAAUUUGAUGGGGGAGGAGGAGGAGACUGAGGAUGGGGAAUCCCAGGAGGAUCUGCCCGAAGAUGCCUCUGCCCUGGAGAUCCUGGACUACUACCAUCGAAGGCGGGCAGAGGCCAGCGAGAGGCGAACUCUUCUGCAAUUCGAAAUGCCGCCCAAGAGGACGAAGCGGGUGUCCCUGCUGCUGGAACUUAAGGAGGCCCAGUACUUCGAAAAUCCCAACAUCCAUGUGAGAUACUAUCUCAAACCGCCGGCUAAUACCAUCUAUGAGGCUGUUUCUGGUGAGGAUCCCCUGCAGGGGGCCACGGCCACAUGUCGGAAUGCCGGCGACUGGCGGAUCGCCCAUUUGGGCCACUGCUGGCAGGUGACCAUCCUCUGCGAGGAGCAACAUCAGCCCGGCGAGCUGCUGCAUCUCUACUUUGAGGUGAUCAGCAUCGACAGCUGGCAGAGGGAGCGCUGCGAGGGCUAUGCCCACUAUGCCAUUUCGCUGACCUCCGCCCUGCCCGCGGACUCCGUUCGGAUGCAGUGCGUCCGACCGCUGGGAAAUUGGCUGGAUGCCCUCAAUCGCUAUUUCAUAGGCGGCCGUAAGCUUUUCGACUUCGAGACCUAUUUCGAUGUGCACCAGCAGCCCGAACUGCAUUCUCGCAUGGAUUUAAACCCCAAGAGGGCCAUGGUCACCACGGGAUCCCUGCUGCUCCGGCUGCAGAAGCUCCAGCAGCGGCAGAUGGACACCACUAGCCAGCUGCAUUUCCAGCUGGACCUCGGUAAUGACAGCAACGCUAGCGACAGCGAUGAGGAGGAGGCCAAGUCCAGUUCGAAGACGGAAUCAUCUAGAGCCACCACCUUGGACGAGGUGAUGUCCGCCUUCGUGGAGGCCAGGGAGCGGAUCGAGUUGCUGCUGGGAGCCAGUUGA